GACCGGCCGGUACCGCCAUAGGGCCGCGGCCGGGGACGUCUGCUGCACUGACAUGACAACACAACUAAUUGUUAUUAUUGACAGACUGAUAAUGUAAGGAAAUCGGCGGCGCGUUUCUACACGUAUUCGAGAGCGUGCUUGGUCGGUUAUGUGAAGUCGCGAGUGUACGAGUGAACGAGCGCGCUCGUCCCCCCUGCUCGUCGGUGCCUGCUCGAGGGAACGUCACGACACGAUGGGCCAAGGUACGGAGACGUGCACCGAUCGGCCCACGGAGGUCAGCGUCAUCAGAUUCGUCUCGCGGAAUCGCACCAUCGAGGAGAUUGCACCGAAAAAGGAAGUAUACACUUGCAAGCAACGCGGUUGCGGUAAGGUGUUCACUAAUCAAGAUGAAUACAAAACGCAUGAAGCGCUAGAGGCUCUGAAGAUCAGAUUCAUCUGUCGUGAGCCGGGUUGCGGAGAGGAAUUGUCAGAUCCAGGUAGCAUGUGGCGACAUUAUCAGGAAUGGCACAACAAUGAAACGAGUGUCUUCACGUGUCCCUAUACUAACUGCGGAUCCCUGCACACUACUAGCAGCAAUCUCGAGGAACAUAUUGAGAGCUGUCACAGGCAGCCGCCUACACUGCCAAUGGAGCCUGAGAUAAUCUGCUUCGAGGGUCCCGAAAACGCGAUAGAUGAUGAAGUUAUGCAAAAGACUGAGGAGGGAUGCUACGAGAAAUUGUCGGGCGACAGCUUCACCUUGAAGGAGGAGUACGGUAGCAAUGAGGAGAAUUGUCACGUUAGAAACGAGACGAAGAUCCAAACGAAGAACGACUUCUGCCACGAGCAGAUCACGGCUGUCGUAAACAGCGAAGAAUACUCGAAUAACGAGUCGUUAAAUAGUAUUAGUAAGUUCUCCGCGAGUGAGGAUCUGGUUAUAAUUAAGGAUAACUUCUUACGAAAGUACGACACCGGCGCGCCCAAGUGCGAGGAGAUCCUCCAGGUGGAGUGUUCGCCGGACAAAAGUAACGUCGUUUACAUAAACGGCGACGUGACCAUUACGAAAAAUCUGAAAACGGAGAUAUGCAAUUUAAAUAUACGAAACCAGGAGCACAGAAUAGACCUGGGGAAUUUGGAGCGGGUUUUCCGGAGCGGUCUCGAGCGCGAGAAUUCCUCGAAGAUCGAAGACGGCGCGAUGGAGACGAACAGCAAUUGCUCGGAUGACGAGGAGUACACCCCAAAGAAGCAGCGCAUGUCUAGGUACAAGCAGGAGACGUAUAAAUGCGACGUCAACGGCUGCGGGAAGAAGUACAAAUACAUAUCGCACUAUCGUCAUCAUCAAGACAGUCAUAAAUUAGUUGUGAAUGCUAUUAAUUCCGGUGCCGGUAAGCAAUUGCCAAAGGUGAAGCAAGGAAAGCCAUCCACCGUCAGCUUCUUCAUAUGCAAGAUGCCGGGAUGUGGCGCGCAAGUAAAUAACGUGACUGGCCUAUGGAAGCACUUUCAGGAUAAUCAUGCCAAUUCCAAGCCACCAGUGGUGCAAACUGCCAAGAACAAUGAAGUGUUUCGGUGUAAGGUACCCGGAUGCGAGAUAGAGUUCAACACGACGUUAACGCUGUAUAAACAUUUCAAUGAAGUUCACUCCAACAGCUCGAUCGGCAACGCGAACGGAAAGACUGGCAACGGGAGUGGCUUUCAUUUCACCACCGACGUGUUCCAGGAGGACGCUACUGCCCAACAAGCAAAUUUUAAGACUGACUUCAAAGCCAAGCAUAAUGUUAAUAUGAACGAAUACGCUGAGAACAAUGACGAGCACACCACUCACAUCGCUAAUAGCUAAAGAGGAAUUUGCGGAAUUGAUUUUAAUCUCGUGAGAAUUUUCUCGAUUAAAGUAAACUAGGAGGUAAUAACUAAGCGCACUGAUACGGAGUAUUUUACGGAGAUCAUUAUCUAGUCCAGAAUUACGCGAAUAAAUCGCUCUAAGCUUAUGUGUUUUGAUCUGUAAUUGAACGCUGUUAAUUAUGACGGUAGGUCGUUUCGUAGCUGUAAGUGUCACGUGAAUUUUGUAAAAUACUCUGAUAUUAAGCAAAGAACAUCAUCAGUAUCUAAGAAAAUUUAUCGGAUCGCUCGGUGUGUGCUGCAGCGGAGCAAUUAAUGAUUCGGAUGAAUAAUAAUAGUGUUCAGUCUAAAAAUAAAUAUAUGCGUAUAUAUACAUAUAUUAUUCUAUACGAAUAAGUUUUUUGUCGCUAUAAAAGACGAAUCCGCUGCAGCGCCUUGCACUGCAACACAAGACUUCUGACUCUCUUUCCGUACUGAUUUUUACUAUUUUAUAUUAUGUCAUUUUUUAUGUAACUUAUAUUUCCCGUACCGAUAUAUAAUUGUUAUGAUAGAUAUCCUAGCAACGUAAGUAUUGUAUAGCAUUUUUAUUUGUAUGUCUGUACGUUUAAAAAUAAAGUGCAAUAUUAGAUAAA